CGUCAGUACGCGGACAAUGCUGUAGACGCGACGUACGUUGGAGGAUGAAGGAGAAAGAUGUGAAGAAUGGUUGACAGAGCGAUCUGAUGUGCUCUUCUAUUUUUGGUGUAGUCGUAGUUACUAGCACCCUAGUGUCUGUUAUAUGAGGGCUCCGGGCGAAGGUGCAGCUCUAGCAUUUAGGUAGCGAAUGUAGGGACAGCUGGGGAGGAGAGGGGAAAACAACAUGGCUGCGGUGGAGCUCGAAUGGAUCCCAGAAACACUGUACAACACUGCAAUUUCGGCUGUGGUGGACAACUACAGUCGAUCAAGAAGGGACAUACGAUCGCUCCCUGAAAACAUACAGUUCGACGUGUAUUAUAAGCUUUAUCAACAGGGCCGUCUCUGCCAGCUUGGAGGAGAGUUCUGUGAGCUGGAGGUCUUUGCUAAAGUGCUGCGCGCUUCAGACAAAAGACACCUCUUGCACCACUGCUUCCAGGCUCUAAUGGAUCAUGGUGUUAAAGUGGCUUCUGUCUUGGCCAACUCCUUCAGCCGUCGCUGCUCCUACAUCGCAGAGUCCGAUGCCCACGUCAAAGAGAAGGCCAUCCAGUUUGGCUUUGUGCUAGGUGGCUUUCUUUCUGAUGCGGGCUGGUAUGGAGAUGCUGAGAAAGUAUUCCUGUCGUGCCUGCAGCUCUGCACGCUCCACAGCGAGGUCCUGCACUGUUUCAGGGCUGUGGAAUGUUGUGUCAGGCUGCUUCAUGUCCGCAACGGAAACUGUAGGUAUCACCUGGGAGAAGAAACCUUCAAGCUCGCUCAGUCGUAUAUGGACAAACUAGCCAAACAUGGCCACCUGGCCAACAAGGCAGCACUGUACGGUGAGCUCUGUGCCUUGCUCUUCGCCAAAAGCCACUAUGAUGAGGCGUACAGGUGGUGUAUAGAGGCCAUGAAGGAAAUCAAUUCAGGACUGCCUGUUAAAGUGGUGGUGGAUGUUCUUCGGCAAGCGUCCAAGGCCUGUGUAGUAAAAAGAGAGUUCAGGAAAGCAGAGCAGCUGAUCAAACAUGCAGUGUUUCUAGCUAGGGAACACUUUGGACACAAGCAUCCCAAGUACUCGGACACACUGUUAGAUUAUGGAUUUUACUUAUUAAAUGUAGACAACAUAUGCCAAUCAGUUGCUAUUUACCAAACAGCACUGGACAUCCGACAGUCUGUGUUUGGGGGAAAGAACAUCCACGUUGCCACAGCCCAUGAGGAUCUGGCCUACUCAUCAUACGUGCACCAGUACAGCUCUGGGAAAUUCGACAACGCACUAUUUCACGCAGAACGUGCCAUAGACAUCAUAACACACAUUCUGCCUGAAGACCAUCUGCUGUUGGCGUCUUCCAAAAGAGUCAAAGCUCUGAUCUUAGAGGAAAUUGCCAUUGAUUGCCACAACAAGGAGACAGAGGAGCGCCUCCUGCAGGAGGCUCACGAUCUGCACCUCUCCUCUCUGCAGCUGGCAAAGAAGGCCUUUGGAGAGUUCAACGUUCAGACAGCCAAACACUACGGCAACCUUGGGAGACUCUACCAGUCCAUGAGGAAGUUUAAGGAGGCGGAGGAGAUGCACAUUAAAGCUAUCCAGAUUAAGGAGCAGCUUCUGGGCCAUGAAGACUAUGAAGUCGCCCUGUCUGUGGGCCAUCUAGCGUCACUCUACAACUACGACAUGAACCAGUAUGACGACGCCGAGAGACUCUACCUGCGUUCCAUUGCUAUUGGGAAGAAGCUGUUCGGCGAGGGCUAUAGUGGUCUGGAGUACGAUUACAGAGGCCUGAUCAAACUUUACAACUCAGUGGGAAACUACGAGAAGGUCUUUGAAUACCACAAUGUGCUGUCCAACUGGAAUAGGCUGAGGGACCGACAAUUUGCAGUAGCGGACGCCCUGGAAGACGUAAACAACACGCCACAGCAGACCCAGGAAGUGGUUCAAGCUUUCCUAUUGGCUCAGAGCAUGGGACCUACCCGACCGUGUUUGGGCUGAUUUUUAAUCGUAUUAUUUUAAGAGGGAACAGAGUGGAAACACAGUGGACACGUGGCUUUAUGAGUCCAAAAUGUGACACCUCACAAUGAACUAGUUAUUCAAACAUCAUCGCCAGGUGUCACUGCAGCUGUUGGUACUUGGCCCCAAAAUUUGGAAUUCACCAAAAGGAGAAACCACCUGAAGAACUGAUCCCGGAGCACGCACUCGACCGCAGACGUCCAGCAAGGAUGACUAACAACCUCUCAUUGUGUUGCCUUUUCUUUUCACUAAGGAUUUAUGAACUUUUGAGUUUCUGUUUAAACCAUUGUAGCCAGAAGGAUUGCAGCAAAUCAUAUCCACCAGCACAUCUAUCAACUCUCCAAAUAUCCGGCGUGGCGAACGCUGUUUCCCUGCCAGUAUGCUGAAUUUUAUUUGAAGGCUUUUUGGUGUUUUCAUUUAGCCUUUGUGUUGGGGACUAACAACAGAAUGUGCUGAAGCCGUUCCUGCUUCUUGUUUUUGACAAGUGGACCUGCCCAAGGAGAGGACAUGGCAAAAUGUGUUAGUUCAAUGAUCAAGUUGUGAGACCAUGACUGCUGCAUGUACAGGAGUGUGUGUCAUUUCUACUGAUGCUUGAGUGCUCCUCAGAAAGCUACCAGCCUUAGAACAGCUGGCACUCCUCUGUCAGCUGACCGACUGAAACUUGAAGUGCUGAUUACCCCUCAAGAAGCACUUGCUCAUCAGCAUUAGUUUCGUGUGUUUGUGUGUGUGAUGUCACAUGGCAGUUCCUUUCUGUACAUGCAGUGGAUGGUUUGGAUCAGAACUCUUGAGAUCUGGUGCAUAUUUAAUUGUAUGAAGCCCCCCUGAAGGCAGAAUGUUCAGGAUCAGUUAUCACCGAUUCUGUUGCAAACAUCCAGUCAAAUGAAGCUUUACAUUCCAAACUAACGAAGCAAAUUUCUUCCAAAGGGUCGGUCAGUUUUUUUUCCCCCACCUGUCCUCUACUUCCUAACUUGGUACAUGACCACAGUCAAAAUACGUCAAACAUUUGCUUGCAGGGAGGAGAGGUAAUCAGCAAUAAUAUGGCAAAAGGUUUUUCUCAGUGAAUUACUAUGUAAUACAGUUUGUCUCUGUGUAACAUGGAAUUUUGAUUUCAGUUUGGCUAAUGUGAAGGCAGGUAAACUUGCUUUUAACAAAUGGUUUGUCUUUUUUUGUCCAAUUCAAAUUUUGAAUCAAAUUAAUUUAAUGAUUUGAUUUUUAAAAGCCAAGUGCAACAAUGUUACUUCUCCUAAAACUCUAGGGUGCACCCUCCACAAGUUGAGCGAUAUGUUCUCAUCUCUCCCUGUGGUCGCCUGCUUAAAUGUCUUGACAAAAAAAAACAGCAGAUAUAGCUUGUGAUCUUAAUCUUUCAUCACCUUACACUUUCUAACACAAAGUUAUUGCCAUGACUCAUCUAGACAAUCGACAGCACCACCUGCAGGGGAACAAAUGGAUGUCCAAAAACAGAUGUCUGAAACCUGAUUGGAACCUAGAGCUUGGGGACCUUUCAGCUCCACAUCUGACAUGACAAUAAAUGUGGUUGAUAACAUUAGAGGCUUUUGGUUCUCUCACAGCUGACAAGGUCCAGCCUUACUCCCCUUCUACACGACAAUUUGCUACACUGAGAGAAUGUUUGCCUCAGUAUGAAGGACAGUCUUUGAAGUCACACUUAAAUGUGCAGGUGCUACACUCGAUUCUAAUGUUUUAGGAGAUGCAGUAAGUGUUCUCAAACUGAAUGUCCCUGCAAUGCAUGAAUGCAAUCUGGUGGAGGAAGGCUUUUAUUUUAUGGAGAAUUACAAGAAACCCCUCCCACCGCCCCACACACAUACACACAGUAUUAUGUCCUUAUCGAGCAACAAUGUCUUAUUCUCUAUUGGUGGGCCGUUCAGCUCCACAGAGCCUCUGGACUGUCGGGAAGUGAUGGAAUGUAAUGGUUAAUGUUUAUCAUCGGUGAGCUGCUUGGGUGUUUUCUGAAGCUGUGAUCUCUCUCUUCAGUAGCAGCUGUUUAACCAGAUGAGUGACGACCAAAAUGUGAUGUUUCAUUGUUACUGCUUCACUGUUAGCCACAGAAACAUUAAAAACAUAUAUCACCGACUCCUGAGUGUCACAGUU